UUCCAGACAGAGUUGAACUUGCAAUGAAUCGAGCUUUAUACGGAGUUUUGUGUAGACUCUUCCACGCGUUUAUACUACAUAUCAACAUCUGUACAGUAUUGCUAGAUAGAUCAGUGGAACAAAGUUUUGUGUAAUUUAGCGAUCCAAUACAGUAGAGUAAUUACAAUCAAGCUGACAUUCAAUAAACAAUAAAUAUGGCUGCGCCCAUCGAAAGUGUCAAAGCUAAAUUUGUUGAACUAAUUGAAUUUGUAAAAGAAACUUUAAAAGAAACAACCGCAAAAACCGUGGAAUCGGUUCCACAAGAUGACUAUGUAAAAAUCUUGACCACCCAGCCAGCACAAGAAACAGCUGAGGCGGUAGCAAGGCGCGAAAUGAUUGCCAAAUUGAUUUCAUCAGCUCUCGGUCUGGCAGCUUCGAUAGGACUGACAUAUUUUGCAGUGAAUUAUAUGACAAAUGCGAUGGAUCCUACAAGAAAAGAGAAACAGAAAGCCAGAGAAAGGGCUGAAGCAAUGCUAAAGAAGUUGGGUGUGGGGAAUGUGAAGCUUACAGAUUAUGAGUUGUGUAUAGCAGCAAAUCUUGUGGAUCCCCUAUCAAUGACUGUAUCAUGGGAGGACAUCGGUGGUCUCGAGGAUACUAUUGAACAAAUACAAGACAUGGUUAUCUUCCCAUUCAGAAGAAGAGAUUUGUUUCCAAGGUCACAACUAGUCCAACCACCUAAAGGUGUAUUAUUGUAUGGGCCACCAGGAUGUGGGAAAACCAUGAUCGCUAAAGCUACAGCAAAAGCUGCAGGAGCAAGAUUCAUCAACCUGCAGGUGUCCUCCCUAGUUGACAAAUGGUACGGUGAAUCACAGAAAAGAGCUGAGGCUGUCUUCUCAUUGGCAUUGAAACUUCAGCCAUCCAUUAUAUUCAUUGAUGAGAUUGAUUCAUUUCUGAGGUCUAGAUCUACAAAUGAUCAUGAAGCCACCUUGAUGAUCAAAACACAGUUCAUGAGUUUCUGGGACGGUCUAAUAACUGACCCAUCCUGCCAGGUUAUCAUCAUGGGAGCUACAAACAGACCACAGGAUGUAGAUGCUGCUAUACUGAGAAGGAUGCCAUGUACUUUCAAGAUUGGAAUGCCUGGUAGAUUACAGAGAUGUGGAAUUCUUUCCCUCCUCAUGGAAGAUGAAGAGAUUGAUGAAGAUAUAGAUUAUGGAAGACUAGGGGACAUAACUGAGGGAUUUUCUGGCAGCGAUCUGAAGGAGGCAUGUAGAAUAGCGGCCCUUAAUAGAGUUCAUAGUUACGUGAGUGCAGCCAGGAGAGAGUACGGAGAAGAUUACUGUGAUAGAGUACAAGGACACAUGAGAACGAUAAAUCUACAGGAUCUAGAGACUGGGAUCAACAAGAUACGUGUAUCGAAACAGACAAUGACAGACUCUAUAUCUAACAUACAGCUAGAUUAACACUCGACUAAAUAGUGUGUGAGAAAACUUGGAAGCUUGACUGGUUUUCAGCAUUAGAGACAUAUUUGUGCCAGUCAGAAAUGGAAUAAAAUUUAAGGUGGACAUCAUUUUUAUAUGCUUGCUAUUGUUAUUUAAUGCAAUAGUGUACAAUUAAAGAUCAGUCUGUUUUUAGCUCAACUAUUCAAAGAAGAGUGCGAGCUAUUCUACUCACCCAAACAGAGUUGUUUAUGACUCACAUUGUUUAAAGUUUUGCGUACAAGUCAUAUCUCAGAAACCAAUGCAUGUAUUGGCUCGAGUCUUUUACACAUCAGACCUACUGAAAUAACCAAGUUACAUAACUCUUAGUUGGAUUUUAUAUGAAUUAUGGCCCAUUUUACUAAGAAAACUUUGUUUAAGUUUUGGGUGUGACUAUAAAAUUUUAUCUCCGUAACAAGUCUAUGUAUUGUAUUGAAACUACACACAUUGCUAACCAAGUUAAAUACUUCUUGGGUGAAUUUGAAUAAAAUUUUGGCCAUAUAUUGGACUGAAAUUUCACACAAGACAUCCUUCUCAUCAAUCUUCAGUUGGUAACCAAGUUAUAGAACUUAUAUGGUUGAAGAGAGUUCAGAUUAUGAUCCUUAUUUGACUUAGGAAGUUUUGUUGGAGUUUACAUGCAAGUUGCUUUCAUUGCCAUGAUAAAAUUAUAAUUUGUAAUGAAUUGUAAUUAUAUAACUCAGUACAUAAGUCUUAUAAAGAUAUGACUCUUGUUUGACUUAGAAGUUUUUGGAUAGUCAAGUGUGUUAUCUUAUGGACAACUCUUAUUGGUACAUGUUCUGACUUAAUGAUAAUAGGAAUUUUGAAAACCUGGGUGGCAUAUAGUGUUUGAAGUGUCUUUCGGUACGUCCGAGAAACUUUCUUGUGUACUCGACUCCUCCCACAGCUUCCAUACAAUUGAAAUAAAACUUGUUGUACAACAUCAACAUGAAGUUGAUAUGCACAUAUUCUUGGAACACUUAUCUGUCGACUAGAAUAGUCUGCAAGAAUAUAUAUGUCAAUACGUGUUGUAUAUGUAUUUCUGAUGGAUGUAUUAAAAAGGUAGCAAAGCUACAGAAUUGAAUGGGCAAAAGGUUAGACUCUCAAUUUUUGUAUGUGUGUAGUUCCUUGAAAUAUGUUGGAAGAUAAAUAGUAGAAAAAAAUAUAUUGUUAAGUUUAAUUGACUGUUUGACAGUAUUAUUUGAAUUUACAGUUGUUUUAAUAUGAAAUGAUUUGAUACGAGUAUGAAAUAUGAUUUUUGCAAACGCAAUGCCUGUAUAGAUGCAAUUUCAAUUUUUCCCGUAAUUUGGCUGUUAAUGUUUGUUGCUGUUGUUUCUGGGGUAUAAAACCAACUUUUUGGCCUCUGUAAAAUCAGCCACAGAUCUUCUCACCAUGGCAACAGUUGCUGUCAAAAUUGAGCAUCAACAUAACUUCCUUUAUUUUCAUAUUGAUAUGUAAAAGUUGUGCUUUUAACCUUUAGCCUGCUGGUGGCAAAUGAUUCUGCCUCUGCGACCAGUGCAGACCAAGUGCAGGCUGAUCAUGGUCUGCACUGUUCGCUGUUCAGUCAAUAAAUUUUCAGUGAACACCCCUUUGAAUAAUAAAUGGUAAUGUCCAAAUUGAAUGAUGAACCAGUCCAUUUUAGAAAUUUAGCAGGCUUAAGGUUAAUGGUGUUCAGCACAUAAUUUUGCAACAUUCCAUUUAUAAUACCAGUAAUGAAGGGUGAGCACUUUCCUUAUACUAACUAUGUGUUCUCCUUUAAAUAUGUAUUGUGCCAUAACUCUUAAAAAUUUUUCAGUUGAAUAUUAAACAGAUAUGUGUACUUUAAUAGCUCUUGGUUAGAGUUUCCUAACAUUUUAUAUAGAUGCUCAUUAAAUAAAUUGUAGCGGAUGGUUUUGUCAACAAACUAUCAAUUUCAUUUUAGCCUCAUUUUUGGAAAUUUGUAAAUCAGAUGUAAGAUGUGGAGAUUUUGUAGAUUUUAAGAUUUUAGAUAUGUUAAUAUGGAAGUAGUCUGAUUGAUAUAUCACAUCCAUUUUUUAUAUGUUUGCAUUAUUUGUAUGUUGCAAGUUGAAUUAUAAACAAACUUGUUUUUAUUGCUUUAUUUAUUAUGUCUCCCACCACACAGUGGUGUGGGAGACAUAUUGAUUUACUCUUAUCUGUGUGUCCGUCUGUGUGUCUGUCUGUCACAAAGCUUGUCUGAACUCGUAAGUUGAACAUUUCUCAUCUGAUCUUCACCAAACUUAAACACAAUGUGUUUGCCGAUAAGUCCUCAGCCAAGUUCGAUAACUAGUCAAAUCGGCCCAGGCACCGGAAUUAUGGCCCUUGAAACUUGUUUUUGAUAAUCAAAGCAUUCAAAGUCUGAUAAGGCAGUUGAGGUCUUGGUGCAUAAUUGACUCAUAUACUACUAUUCAGAUGAUCAGGCAGUUGUGGGAGACAUGUGCUUUUCUCAGAAGCAGCUCUAUUUUAUAGAUGAAGAUAAUUUGUUGUAAAUUAAAUUUGAUUCAAACUUG